ACCUGCAAGGCUUCCACCCUCCUACACACACCCUCCUCAACGCCAUCUUACACCCCACCAUCGCAGUUGAUGCAUCACACCCAACACACCACGACGUUUUAGGAAAAGGGUAAAGGCCGGCCUCGUCGACACGCCCCCACCGCUACUCGGCCCUUGACUGAGCGACGGUACGCAUAGGCUUCCCCACGUCUGACCUUCGAUCGCGAAAACGAAAACGAUCCGCGACGCAAGACCAGCCUGACGAAGAAAGAUCAGAGAGCCAGGGCGUAACUAAGCGCAAGAUGGCCGACGUGGAGAUGACCGAUGCUGCCGCCGCCGGCGCCGCUCCCAAGAUCAAGAGCAGCAAAGCGAGUGGCGAUGCGGCGGUAGGAGAGAAGAAGCGCUUCGAAGUGAAAAAGUGGAACGCCGUGGCACUGUGGGCCUGGGACAUCGUGGUGGACAACUGCGCCAUCUGUCGCAACCACAUCAUGGACCUGUGUAUCGACUGCCAAGCCAACCAAGCCAGCGCCACAAGUGAAGAAUGCACCGUUGCUUGGGGCAUCUGCAAUCACGCUUUCCACUUCCACUGCAUCUCCCGCUGGCUCAAAACACGUCAAGUGUGUCCGCUGGACAAUCGAGACUGGGAGUUUCAAAAGUAUGGGCGGUAGACGGACCGCAGCGAGCGUAUGUUAACGGCAGAAGCGCAUGGGAAGGGAGGGGCGCACGCAUGUCUAUUACGCGAGCCUUUUGCUGGCUCUAUGAGGAUAUGCACACAGUAUGCAGCGGACAGGCAUCACCAGGGAGUUUUGCGGUCGGGUCGAGAAAGGACGGUUUGAUACUCAGUGCAGCUAU